CCUGGCGGACCACAGUCCCGGACCGCAGUCCCGGACCACAGCGCCCGCACCGGCCGCCCGGUUCGGAUCCGCGUCAUGCGCGUCGUGUGGCACUAGAACAAGUCUCUCUCUGUCUCUAUCGCCGUGUGUGACUUCGGCUUCCAGUGGACUUGGACAAAUUCUUCUCGCCAUGCUGCGAGCAAGGCUGCGAGCCUGGGCCUCCGUCGGCGUGGUGCUUCUGCUGCUGUGGCGCCCCGGCGUCUCGUACAGAGCGGCCCGGCACCAGCCCCCCGGCGGCGCCGUGUACGACGUGGAGGUGCGGGAGGUGGACUCCGAGACGCUCCGACAGCUUCUGGCCGGCCAGCGCGGCCAAGGCCAGGGCCACUACCCGCCGCAAAGCCCCAACCCCUACGGCCCCAACGGCCCGGGCCGCUGGUUCCCCUUGAACGGCAACAACAUGAACGGGCCGCACCGUGGCGGUGACGGUGCUGAUGGCGACCGCGACGACAACAGAUAUGACCUGCCGACAACCAGGGGUCCGUCGCGCCAUCCCCCAGGCCCGACGGGGCCGACGGGGCCGACCUUCGACGACGACGGCCCGUCCUACGACCGCAAGGGCGGCGACGGCCCCAAGGGCACCAGGGACGCCGAGGACUGCGUGGCCUCGCAGACGACGAUCAACGGCGGCAGGAAGACGUGUCGCUACCAGCUGCUCAUCGACGAGCACUUCGACGUGUUCAACCUGACGCUCUGGAAGCACGACGUGCUCAUGCCCGACGAGCCGGAUUUCGAGUUCGUGGUGUACGACAAGGACCCCGACAACAGCUACGUGGAUAAGAGUAUCCUGCACAUCAAGCCCACCCUCCUGGAGGACGCCUACGGCGCUGGCUUCGUCAUGAACGGGACACUGAACCUUGAAGAGUGCACCUCCCCGAAGCGCGAGGAGUGCUCGCGCACGGCCAGCACGUACAGGGUGCUGCCGGCGGUGCGGUCGGCGCGCCUCACCACCAGGGACUCGUUCACCUUCAAGUACGGCAUCGUGGAGGCGCGCGUGCUGGUGCCGGAGGGCGACUGGAUCUACCCCGCCAUCACGCUGGACCCCGCGACACCGGUGUACGGCAAGUGGUACGCGGGCGGCCAGAUCCGCCUGCCCUACACGUCGGGCAACCGCUUCCUCGCGCGGCGCGUCGACGGCGCCAAGACCGGGCUGCAGGUGAUGCACGCCGGCGUGGCGCUGGGCAAGGCCACGGGGCAGGACAUCCGGCCCACACUGCUGGAGAAGGAGGUGCGUGCCUCCAACGGCAGCAACUGGAGGAAGAAGCACUUCAGGGUGUACCGGGCCAAGUGGACGCCGGAGUACAUCGAGUUCUCCCUGGACGGCAAGCCCAUAUACACGGUCCGGCCGCCCCCCAAUGGCUUCGUUAGUAUGACGGACAGCCCCGGAGACCACCCGUGGCGCACCGGCUCCAACAUGGCCCCCUUCGACCAGGAGUUCUUCCUGUCGCUGGGCGUGGGCGUCGGCGGCGUCAACCGUUUCCCGGACGGUGGAGCCAACGGCGAGUACAACGAGCACCCCAAGCCUUGGAAGAACAGCAGCCCCAAGGCUCUCCUGGACUUCUACAAGGCGCGCGACCACUGGUUCCCGACGUGGUCCAACCCCAGCCUGGAGAUCGCGCACCUCAAGGUGUGGGCGCUCUGAGCCCCGUCUAGACAGGCAAAAGCUGGGCAGACAGGAAUUUGUUGCGAUGUCUGUCGUCCGAACUGGAAACCCCUGAAGGCUGUGAGAGUGAGAGGACGCAUCGCUUAACGUAUUUUUUUAAAAAAUUUUAGGUUUAAGUGUAUAUUUGGUCUGGCGCCUCGUAACGAAUUGCCAUUGGCGUUUCUAUGGUAUUUCUAGGAUUAGGUUGGCACACGUGUUCGCGGCAGAGGCAUCGCGCGAGGCAUCUCUGCCUCGCGCUAAGAGCAUCGCGGCGUGUGCUUGUCUGUGAUCACAUGUAGUUUUACAGUGCGGGAAACUUUGGCGAGAAACAAAGGCAGUGGGUGGUAGGACAGUUGUUUUUUUUUUUAUUGGUUAAAUUAAAUAUAAAAAUAAAUAAACUUAUCGUAAAAGUG